AUUGAAUGCUUUGCUUUUCCAUUCGAUUCAGAGAAGAAGCUAUGUCGUGAUGUUGUGAUCGCGAUCUCGUUGCAUUCUCUUUUAUGCCUGCAUAGCGUUGGAAUAUCAUUUUUUGUUUUAACGUACGUUAAUUUUUGAACUAUUUACUCAAGAUGUUUGAGUCUUCAGCCAAGCAUUUCUUUGCGAAUGGUGAGACAGGAGAAUUUCCAUGGAUCUGUCCAGAAAUCAAGGAUUGGAUUUUUCAAGAGGAUGAGCUAUCUCGGCAUUUUGAUAGCAUAGCAUCACACUGGAAUAGCGUGCCAAGGAAACAGUCCGAUAUGAAGAAACUAUUGAAUCGAUACAAGGAAAAAUUGCCUCGCUUAGAAAUUUCAUGCUCUCUGCAAGAGUUAGCGGAGAUGCGAUUGUUUUUCACUGUGUUACAAGAUCUUCGAGCCCAUGACCUGCGUAUCUCGCACUAUUUAAGAAGAAUUUCCAACCAGAUGGAAAUGAUAAAAUCUUAUAGGACUGAUUGUGAGAUCAAUAGACUUGCCGAAGCCUUGGCUUCAAUCGGGGCCCAACUUGAGGAUCCAAUUCAAGCCCAAAAUGACGCUCGUGUGGGACACACACAAUUACAAUUAAAUGAGGAGAAAAGGACUGCUCCAUCGGAAGAACCGCAUUUGACUGAAAUUGCGAAAGCCCUCGCGAAAAUUAGAAACAAGGGCCAAAAUUCUGGAUCUGGAAAUGAUGAUUUGUUCAUUCCAAUGCCUCCUGGAUGGAGUUCUAAGGCACAAAAUGAUCGCCAAGACGAGGAAAUUGCGCAACUAUAUGAUCUGUGGAACGUUCCUGAGAUACACCAUUUCAACUCUGCUCCGGCGCAGACUCCCGUAGAUCCAGUUGAUGUUUCAAAGGCGCCUGGUUACAGAUGCCCAUUUACCUGCCCGUCUCCUCCUGCAGACGUGAACCGAAUCAACUCCUUGAAACGCAUAAAAUUCCUACCUCGCUCACUUCUGGAUGAACGACCAAUUUCCAAACUAUAUAAUAAGGUGGAGCCAAAGUUGCGCGGUCCAAGUGAACAUGUUCCGAGUCCGAGUGAGAUCGGAGGAGAUGAAUUUUGGGAGGAAGAAAAACCAGUGUUGCGGAACAGCGCGUGGAAGGUCGUCGGUUGCAAGGAUCACCAGGCUCCAGCGACUAUGGCUGCCGUCGUCAAAAUGUCUCUCUCAUCCGAAUCAAAAUACAAACCAUGCAUGUGGGGUCCGAGUGCUCACAACGUGAGCAAGCCGAAGGUAGACAUAGUUUACCACAAGCCCAGAUCAAUCGACAGUACUGGAUCUAGAUCAACUGACAUUUGGGAAUCUUCUGAUGAAGAGAGUGAACCACACUCUGACCCAUUGACUGACCCUAGCAACCCUCUUCAAGCGACUUCGAUUUGGGUAGGAAACUUGACUCCCAAUAUUGCAAAAGAAAUGCUGUACCCGCAUUUUAUGAAGAUCGGAAACAUCAACAAUAUUGUCAUGACCCAGGAAAACCACUGUGCUUUUGUUAACUUCGAAAAUCCCAGAGCUGCUGGGAGGGCAAUGCGCAAUCUGCAAGGACUGGUCGUUGGAGGAGUCAAACUGUUGCUUCGCUACCCGAACCGAUUUCUUGGUGGAGACCACACGAAUAAAUUGAAGGACGCGACUGCCGUAUAUCCAGGCAGACCCAAAAGGGGAGGCCCAUCAUUUCAAGCAAUGCCUAGAAAGCCCCAUAAAAAGUGGAGCAAGUAAUUUGGGCUUCAAUAUAAUCUCACGUCAGCAUUGUUGCUAAUAUAUCUAUAAUUAUACUGCGAGUACAAAUGGCUCUUAUUGUCUUUUAAGGAUAAUACACACAGGCACACUGUGUAAACUUUUACAGUAUACAAAUGGAUGUUGUGUUCAAAUUUGGAAAACUUAAAUGUUGGCACGCAGAUUGUAUGGCAUAGAAUAACAAUCGCCGUCCUAAGGAGUGAACUCGCUUACUUAGGCGGACAUAAAUUCCUAAACUAAAUCAGUUUUAUUGUAGUGACCUUGUAGCAAAACUAUUUUACCUAUCUACAAAGUCCUGAGCGAAAUUUCAGUGCUGGCGAAUCAAAUGAUGAAGAGUUAGUAUUUAAAGUCGCAAUAACUCUAUUCGUGGCUCUUGUUCUUCGAGUAAUAAAACUGCAUUUCUAUACA